AAUCGAGACAUUCUAUUUUUGUAUUUUUGUUUUAUUCAAAAUAAUAUAGUUCUUUUACCGCUUUCUUUAACGAAAUAGAUACAACAAGAGAGUGAGGAUGACUUAUCACCUGCGGAGGCUCUGAUACAAUUCCUAAUAAAUCAAGGAUCCAAGAUCGACAUCAAAGAUAACAAAGGUUUUACUCCGGUACAGUAUGCCAGAGAGGAGCGCAUUAGGCAAAUGGUAUUCCGGAGCUUAUCCGAAGAUGAUGUUCAUAUAUUCCGGGAUCUGCCGGUUGCAAGAUCUACUGAAAGUCAUCGCAGUAUUGGCUGUGAAGGAGGGAUUCUACAUUUGGAUAGUUGUGACGUCACAAUGUCGAUUCCACCAAGGACAGUGCAAGCUGGUACUUGCCACGAUGUAUCAAUAGCUCUAGUCACUGAUGAUCCUCCACCUAUCCGAGAGAGGGAGUUUCUUACAGGCUAUGGCAUUGGCAUCACAUUCCCUGCACAGAAGAAGAGGAAAAAUGUCUAUACCGUCAAGUACAUCCUGGAAGAUGUUUUGCACUUGAACCUGAGUCACGUGAUCUAG